AUGUCUCUACUUCCUCCCGAGGUCCACUCCGCGCUGGGCCAGCUACUGCGCGCCCUGUCCACCGCCGAUAACACCGUCCGCACCCAGGCCGAAGAACAGCUGAAUAAUGACUGGGCUCUGAACCGUCCCGAUGUCUUGUUGAUGGGUUUGGUGGAGCAGAUUCAGGCUGCUGAGGACACAAUAACACGCACAUUCGCUGCAGUGCUUUUCCGAAGAAUAGCCACCAAGACACGAAAAGAUGCCGUUACCAACGAAGCCAAGGAACUCUUUUCGACCCUUACCGGAGAACAGCGAUUGGUUAUCCGUCAGAAGCUGGUGUCUUGUUUGACCGGCGAAUCGGUCACUGACGUUCGGAAGAAGAUUGGCGAUGCCGUGGCCGAAAUCGCGAGACAAUACACCGACAACGGAGACCAAUGGCCCGAGCUACUCGGCGUUCUAUUCCACGCCAGUCAAUCCCCCGACGAUGCAGGAUUGCGCGAAACCGCUUUCCGCAUCUUUUCUACCACUCCCGGCGUUAUCGAGAAGCAGCAUGAAGAUGCCGUCUUGGGCGUUUUUGGCAAGGGUUUUAAGGAUGACAAUCCUUCGGUGCGCAUCGCGGCCAUGGAAGCUUUCGCCGCUUUCUUCCGUUCGAUCUCCAAGAAGUCCCAGCCCAAGUUUUUCCCCCUCAUGCCCGACCUGCUCAACGUUCUGCCCCCUCUGAAGGAGUCGCAGGACAGCGACGAGCUCUCCUCGUCCUUUGUGGCUCUCAUUGAGCUCGCGGAAAUCUGCCCGAAGAUGUUUAAGGGCAUGUUCAACAACCUGCUCAAGUUCAGCGUUAGCGUUAUUGCCGACAAGGAACUUAGUGACCAAGCCCGCCAGAACGCUUUGGAAUUGAUGGCCACCUUCGCCGACUACGCACCUAACACAUGCAAGAAGGAUCCCGAGUUCGCACAGGAGAUGGUUACGCAGUGUCUUAGCUUGAUGACCGACAUUGGAAUCGACGAUGAUGAUGCUGAGGAGUGGAACGCCUCCGAAGACCUUGACCUCGAGGAAAGCGACCUCAACCACGUCGCCGGUGAGCAGUGCAUGGACCGUUUGGCCAACAAGCUCGGUGGUCAGGUUAUUCUCCCUGCCACUUUCUCAUGGAUCCCCCGGAUGAUGUCUUCCUCCGCUUGGCGUGACCGCCACGCGGCCCUGAUGGCCAUUUCCGCCAUCUCUGAAGGAUGCCGCGAUCUAAUGGUUGGCGAGCUCGACCAGGUGUUGGCGCUCGUUGUCCCCGCCCUCCAAGACCCUCACCCUCGUGUCCGAUACGCUGGAUGUAACGCUCUGGGUCAGAUGAGUACCGACUUCGCCGGUACGAUGCAGGAGAAGUACCACGCAAUUGUGUUGAGCAACAUCAUCCCCGUUCUUAACAGCGCAGAGCCUCGCGUUCAGGCCCACGCUGCCGCGGCUCUGGUCAACUUCUGUGAGGAGGCAGAGAGGAAGGUCCUUGAGCCAUACCUGGCCGAUCUUCUUCAGCACCUCCUGCAGCUCUUGCGUAGCUCCAAGCGGUACGUUCAAGAGCAAGCUCUGUCGACCAUUGCCACCAUUGCGGACUCUGCCGAGACUGCUUUCGCUCACUACUACGACACCCUGAUGCCUCUGCUGUUCAACGUCUUGAAGGAAGAACAGUCCAAGGAGUACCGUUUGCUGCGUGCUAAGGCCAUGGAGUGCGCCACGCUCAUUGCGCUGGCCGUGGGUAAGGAGAAGAUGGGCCAAGACGCCCUGAAUCUGGUGCAGCUGCUUGGUCACAUCCAGCAAAACAUCGUCGAUGCAGAUGACCCGCAGUCGCAGUACCUGCUCCACUGCUGGGGCCGCAUGUGCCGUGUCCUGGGCCCUGACUUUGUCCCAUACCUCCCUGGCGUUAUGCCACCGCUCUUGGCUGUUGCAGCUGCCAAGGCUGAUAUCCAGCUUCUGGACGACGAAGACCAGAUUGACCAGGUCGAGCAAGAUGAGGGCUGGGAGUUGGUGCCGCUCAAGGGCAAGGUCAUCGGUAUCAAGACCAGCGCCUUGGAGGACAAGAACACCGCUAUUGAGUUGAUCACCAUUUACGCUCAGAUCCUGGAGGCUGCGUUUGAGCCGUAUGUGCUGGAGACUAUGGAAAAGAUUGCCGUCCCGGGACUUGCUUUCUUCUUCCACGACCCUGUGCGGGUGUCGUCGGCUAAGCUCAUUCCUCAGCUGCUGAACUCGUACAAGAAGGCCCACGGUGACCAGUCGCCUGGGUUCGCAGAGAUGUGGAACAAGGUUGGCGAGAAGAUUGUCGAGGUGCUGAGCGCAGAACCCACGGUGGACACCCUGGCAGAGAUGUACCAGUGCUUCUACGAGUCGGUCGAAGUGGUGGGCAAGAACUCCCUGACUCAACAGCAUAUGCAGGCCUUUAUCGAUUCGGCCAAGUCGACUUUGGAAGACUACCAGCUGCGUGUGAAGGCUCGUCUUGAGGACCAGGCCGAUGCGGAAGAGGGUGAGGAGGACCUCGAAUAUGAAUACGCUGUGGAGGAUGACCAGAACCUGCUCAGCGACAUGAACAAGGCAUUCCACACCAUCUUCAAGAACCAAGGCAACACAUUCCUGCCAUCAUGGCAGCGCCUCCUUCCCUUCUAUGAUGCAUUCAUCACCAGCGCCGACCCGACACAACGGCAAUGGGCUCUGUGCAUCAUGGACGAUGUGCUGGAGUUCUGCGGUGCUGAGGCUUGGAACUACAAGGACCACAUCAUGCAGCCCUUGGCCGCGGGCCUGCAGGACGAGAACGCUGCCAACCGGCAAGCGGCGGCCUAUGGUGUUGGUGUUGCCGCACAGAAGGGUGGCCCCGCCUGGGGUGACUUUGUUGCAGCCAGUAUCCCCAGUCUGUUCCAGGUAACGCAGAUUCACCAGUCUCGGACAGAAGAGCACGUUUUCGCGACGGAGAACGCGUCGGCCAGUAUUGCCAAGAUCUUGCACUUUAACGGUAGCAAGGUGCAGAACCCUCAGGAGAUUGUGGCGAAUUGGAUCACCACCCUUCCCAUCACGUUUGACGAGGAGGCAGCACCGUAUGCCUACUCGUUCCUUGCACAAUUGAUCGAACAACAAAACCCGGUCGUGCUUUCUGCUGCCGACAAGGUGUUUGGGUACAUCGUGCAGGCCCUGGAAGCCGAGACGCUGCAAGGCCAGACCGCCGCACGCGUGGCCACCUCUGCAAAGAAACUCGUGGCCGCCACGGGACUGAACGCAGAUCACAUUCUUUCGGGUGUGAAUCCGGAUAACCAGGCCGCGGUCCGGAACUACUUCCAGUGA